UGUUAAUUCUAUGGCUUUGACAGCUCUUACCAAGGAAAACAAAAACAUUUCCCCCAAGAUCAUGUCUUUUGUACAAAAGUUUCAGAAAAUAUCAAAAAGAAAUUCAUUCAAAUAUGGAUUACCUUUCCUUAUUUGCAUUGUUGGUGGAUCAUUCGGUCUUAAGGAGUUCACACAACUUAGAUAUCAAUUCACAAAAAAACAACCGGUGAGUCCUGAAGAAAUGAAGAAAUUCGGAGUUACUAUGAAGCCAUCUAAAGAAGUAACUAUCGAAACUGAGUACGAAAAAAUUAAAACAAUUGAUAUUAAUCAUUGGGAGAAUAAACGUGGCCCAAGACCCUGGGAAGAAUGAACCAUUCGAUGUUGGAUAACUAUGAAAGAGUUAUAUAACUACUUUGAUAAGGUUUAUUGUGAUAAAUUAGUAAUACAAACAAUAUAAAAAAGUCAA